AUGGAAGAAGAUAAUCUCCAAGUCAAUGAUUUAAGCUCAACAUGUGUGGAAAAACCGGAGUAUGGCUUCGAGCCUCAAAGUGUUGGUAGCCAAUCAACAGGGCGGAGUGUGCACUCCGAUUCUGAAACACCUCAAGGUCCUAAUGAAACUAGUCCUACACCUGAGGCGUUGGAGAAACAAAAAGUACUGACAAAGAGUGCUGGAAGAUUGUCCCGAUAUGGGAAGAAGGUUGCAAUAAGGAGGGGCAGAACAUACCUUUUAAGAUCUUCAUUUAGCAGUUCUAGAGUCCUUCGCUCGAUGUCAAAGUCUGCUACUAGAUCUCUGCCUCCAUUGACCAGCAGUCCAGUGAAUUUCGUUAAAGACAAGCGUAAAAGAAGGAGAAAAACACAGAGUGCAUCAAAUGAUGAAUUUUCGAGAACCAGGAAAAGUGUGAGAUAUUUACUGCAUCGCAUGAGCUAUGAGCAGAAUCUUAUUGAUGCAUAUGCUGGUGAAGGCUGGAAAGGACAGAGGUUAGCCUAUUCUGUAUGCCUGUCUCCGACUGUUGAUUCUUGUCUUCUAUUUUUUUUUUAUUGAAGACUCCUUCAUACUUGUCCCCUGGGGAAUUUAAUGGUUACAUUUUAUACCUUGAUAUAACGCUUUCACACCCUAGUUGAUUUGUAAUUUUUAAAAUGGUUUAUAUUCAAGUUAGAUAGUUUGGUGUAAAGUAAGUUGUGCGAUGAACGGUAUCAUUCAGGAUACACUUGCGGCCCCAUUAAAAUGGUUACAACUGGCAUAAAUGUAUCUUUGCCGUUGCCAUUUGAAAAUUUCAUAUACAAGCAUGUUUAGGGUGGGUGAAAAAGCAAGUAGGGUGUAAUGUCUGGGUAGGUAGAUGAGCAAGUUUAAUGGAUUAUGUGAAUUAUAGAAAUCAUUAGUCAUAAUGUUAAGACAUGUUAGACACUGAAUCACCUUUUCUAGCAAUUUACACACCGUAAUAUUUUAUUUUGUUCAAUACCAUGAAUACUAUCCCUGUCAAAGUUUCUCAACUUAUGAAAAUUAGUGAUGGUGUUUAUUCAACGUAAAACAUUCGAAUAGUUUACAAUUUUCUAUAUUAAAUUCCCAGCUGAAGUUUAAAAGCUUUGGUAGUUUAAAACAUUCGAGUAUUUAUGUAAAGUAUGAACAGGAGUGUUAGAGAUUGAAUUUUGUUACUGAUAACGAGGAAAAUUGAAUCAAUUGUUGAACCUCAUUUUUGGCGGUACGGAUGUUUAUUCUAGGGAAGGUGGAUUUGAGGUGUUAUGUCCUUUGGUUUGCUCAAGAAGCGAACAGGCGUGCUUUGGUUGUUUGAAACACGGGAAACUUUAAUUUUUUUGACAAAAGAGGAGGUUAUGUUAAUUAGCAUAAACUAUGGAGAUUAUGAUAUAAAAUGAACGUCGGGUUAAUUGACAUAAAAUGGAAGCUACGGCAAAGAUGUUCAUUGGCUCUGGUUUAUGAUGUAUCAGAAAUAGACAAUUAUCUUUCGAGUCUCUGACAUAUGUUUAGAAUAUCUCCAGAAAAAAAUGAAUGUAGUUGUAAACCCAAGGAAAAGUAUGUGGCUUCACAUCUCAAAUAUGAAUUGCAUUAUCCUUCUCAAAGUUCAGUGUGAAACUUCAGUGUCUCCAGUUCCUGUCUUUGAAAUGGGCUUGAAACUGGUAUAUGCGAUGUUUUCUUCUGCUUUGUUUUUUGAGCGAACAAGUUCUCUAUUAUACACAAAAGGAGAAGUGUGUAAAUAAAGAAGCGGCACAAAAUUAAAAUCCUGAAAACAAAAGAAAGAAAAAAAGAAUACCCUCUUAACUCAGGUAACGUUAUUCUAAGUAUUCUUUCUCUCCUUAAUCGUAGUCAGGAAAAUAGAGUAGGUAUCAUCCUCAGUCUAUAUUCCUUCGUCUCAUCACUCUUCCCGCAUCAUAGCUAUGUUGACAAUCAUCUGUAGGUUUUUGAACUCUUGUUUGAAUAUUCUAAUGUUUCUCUUCCUCCUUUCAAUGGACCUAAUCAAUGUUGAUUAGUGCUUUCCACCAUUUAAUCUCUUCAGUCAAUGGACAGAUGUCUUCCUGAUGUAACAUUAAAUCCUUGAUAUCUGUAGGUAUAUUCAUCAUCAUAAUUUUCUACUAUUUGAAGUUUAAUCUUACAUACUGUAUCCACCAUCCCAGAAUCCACUGCAAUAUGAUUCGUAAUCGCUAUUUACUCCUUUGAAAUCUUAUUGCUUUUAUUGUGCAUAAAUUUUUGAAUUCCAUCUCCGAUAGGUUGAAAUUUGUGGAUUAAUUUCUAUAUAAAGUUCUCAUUUUGGACUGUGCCGUGUCUUCCAUACCAAACUUACCACCAACAUCUGCAUUCUCCAUCUCCAUAGAAUCUAUUAAAUGAGCUGAGAAGAAAUUUCCCGUGCUUUAACACUGUCAUUUUCUUCUUUGUGGUGUAGAGCUAGACCAUUAUUUGUGUAAAUUUCUCUGUUGGAUUUUAAUUUUUUACUUUGGUGAAAGACAUUGCUGAUUUACUACACAUUUAAGAAACUGCAUAAAAAAACUAUAGCCUGUUGUUUGUCUGGAUCUGCUUGUGAUACAUAUGUUAGAUAUGUGUUGCCAUCACAAAACUGUAUAUAGUGUGCUACUCUUCUUUUUUUUUGUAACUAUUGUGUUUUUGCAGCUCGGAAAAGAUUAAGCCUGAGAUGGAACUUCAGAGAGCUAAAUCUGAAAUCGUACGCUGCAAAAUGAAAAUUCGUAGUCUAUUUCAGCAACUAGAGUUUUCGAUUUAUGAGGGAAAGCUGGAUGAUUCUUUAUUCGAUUCUGAAGGGGAAAUCUGCAGUGAAGAUGUAUGUAAUCUCUGUUUUACUUAAAUCAGUCUGUGUUUGGUUUUUUGUUUGUCUGAGUAUAUGGGUUGGUGCCCGGUGACUUUUUAUUUAGUAUUUGUAAACAGAACAAAAAGCACGACAGUGGAAACCUGAAGAUUCAAUAUUUAUCACUAGGUAACUCUUUCUCGCCAUCAGUCUAGGGCCGGUUAGUACCUUUGAGAAUCCUUCCUGAAGUCUAAAGAGGGUUUUGUGGGCUGUCAGCCUGAUAUGUGAAUGCCUUCUACAUAUGAGUUGCCAGGAAAGAACCAUCUUUGGAGUGGGGGCCACGUGACGGAUACUAGUUUUUGUUUGUUGGAUGGCAAGGGAAAAUAUCGGAAUUCUAGAAAAAGCAAUGCAUAAUUGGUAUCUUAACAUAUCAACUAAAGCCACAUCCAAGAAGGUUUUACCCGUUGAAGUGAAAAAAUGCUAUGUCAAACAUUGAAAUACAUAAUGAGAAAAUAACUUACACGAAAGUACAAUGAAAAUAACAAGUUAAAUAAUACUGAAGUUCUGCAUAAAUAAGACAGGGAACCGUCGUAGGAAUAAGUCACAUAGUUUGCUUCUGUUUUAUGCUACUGUCUUCUGAGGCUCCUUAUCUUUCAUGCAAGGUUUUCUGUAUGUGUGGUUUUGACUUAACUUAUCCUGAUAUAUUUAUAUAUAAACAUCUCAAUUUUGUACAUCCUUCUUUUUCCUAGACCAGUAUCGUGUUGCUUUCCAAUUAGCAUGAAGAAUACCUAAUGCUGAUUUCUAUCUGAACAACAUUGCAGAUUUUCUGUGCCAAAUGCAAAUCGAUGGAUGUCUCUGCAGAGAAUGAUAUUAUACUUUGUGAUGGCAUUUGUGAUCGAGGUUUUCACCAGAAGUGUCUGAAUCCUCAUUUGUUAACUGAUGACAGUAAUUACUAACUUUCUUCCCAGAUUAAAGAUAUGAUGUUUGGUCUGGUGUGACUCUUAUGUAUUUUGUGCUUAUUUCUGAAUUGCUGUUUUCAGUUCCCCCUGAUGAUGAAGGUUGGUUGUGUCCUGCUUGUGAUUGUAAAGUAGAUUGCAUUGACUUAAUUAACGAGAAACAAGGAACAGACCUUUCGAUCAAAGACGAGUGGAAGGUAAAUGGACACAUUUUAUCUUGUGUAGAAUUUUCAAGAUGAAUCUCUAGUGACGUUUAUCAACUGUAUGUCUGCUUCUGUGACUUGCAGAAAGUAUUCCCUGAGGUGGCUGGCUUUGGGUCUGAAGAUGGUCAACAUGAUAAUCUGGGGUUGCCAUCAGAUGAUUCUGAAGAUCAUGAUUAUGAUCCUGAUGACCUCGGAGCUGAAACCUUUGAAGCCGAUGAAGGGGUGAAGGAAGGAUCAAGCUCUGAUGAAUCAGAUUUUACAUCUACAUCUGAGGAUUUUGGAACUUUAAAUCGUGAUAUUCAUAAUCAGAACUUUGGACUCCCCUCGGAUGAUUCUGAGGACCACGAGUAUGACCCUGAGAGACAAGAACAUAAUGAGAACUCUGCAAAAGAUUCUUCAAGAUCUGAUGAAUCAGAUUUCACAUCAGAUACUGAUGAUUUAAAUUCUCUGAGUAAUGAGAUCUCUGAUGCUAACGAAGCUUCAGCAUCCCCAAUAUCCAAGUAUCCAAGGCUUGGUGAAGGAAGUGACACAGGUCCUUUGUCUGUUAAUGAAGCUUCAGCAUCCCCAAUAUCCAAGCAUCCAAGUCUUGGUGAAGGAAGUGACACAGGUCCUUUGUCUGUUAAGUCUGCACUUUUCUCUUUAGAGUCAGAACGGGGCCAAGAAAAUGUUGUCCCACUGUCAAGUAAAAGGCAGCGAGAGCAUCUGGACUACAAGAAGUUAUACGAAGUAAGUUCUCAUCAUGAAAAUUUAAUGGCAAGCGUGUUUCUUGUACUUUAUUUUUCUUUUUCGAAAACUAUAUCUGAUUGGGAAAAGGAUGGAGAAUCAUUUUUUCCAUUAGCUGAACUGGAUGUGUGGGAAGCCUUCAAGUUCAUUCUCUGUGCACAUGAGAGCUGGGAUUGAGAUCCGUGGUGAGAUAGUCUGGGCGAUUUUAGAUUGAUGGAGAUGUGUUUUUCGUUUAGGGACAGAGCAUAGUCAGGGGCAGAAGGGAUAUAUUUAGUGUUGCUGCUUCUUACAGGUCCUCCUGAGGUAUCCUGUGGUGCCAAGUAGAGGGCAUGAGGUAGCAAAAGGAGUCGUUUUAGAAGUUUGGUGCACGUUUUUUAAUGGCUAAGACAACAUCUCAAUCCUAUCAGUAAGCAUUCCAUCAGUAUUUUCUCCAGGCAUUCUAUAUUGAGUAUCUUCAGGUUGUGGGUGUACAUCAUCUCCCUUGUUGUGCGUCGAAAUAGCUGUUCUCAGGAAUAACAAUUUCCGAGGGAGAUUCUGGUAGCAGUUCUCUGUAUGGUUAAAAUAUCAAGAAUAGUCCUGUAUUAUUUACUAUGAAAGUGAAUCAACAAUUGUGAGGAUGGGUAAUUUUCAUUUAUUACGUACAGAUUUUUUAGGUGGAUGCCCAAUAAUUUGCCGUUGUGUGAAGGAACUUUUUACGAAUUUUUAUUAUUGUAAAGCUGAGUGCGUGAUUGUGCAGAGAACCUACUCCAUGAAUAGUCAAUUGGUUUUACUGGGAGGGCCGAAUAACUUUAACUUAGAAAUGGUAAACACACUGUGCUGCUUUCAGUGAUAAUAGGACUUUGUAAUAGACAGUACAUUGGUGAUGAUGUGCCAGAAUAUCUCAGAAUGCCAAAUGAGUGCUAUCCUUGUUCUUUUCUUGUUGGUCAUACUUACGGGUAUGUAUUCAUUGGUUGUCGGGUCAAAAUCAGUGGUAUGACAAUUGUUUCAUUACAUUAAGAUGUGUUAUUUGGUGCUACAUGUCUACGUAGUUACUCUUUUGUUGCGUUGGGGCGAUGAGCAAAUGUGGACAAGAAUUAAAGUCUUACAAGUUUUAGUAGGAAUGUAACUCUUGGGAAAAUAAGAUAUGUCUUGGUAGGAUUAAAGUCAGGCUCUGAGCUACGGGAUGAUUAAACAUUGACAUGAUAGGCUUGACUUUUUGGUGAAUAUACUAUCAGAUUCCUCUAGGUAGAGGGGGACUUUAUGUGAGGUCUCACAACAUAAUCGACUAACUUCGUUCAGGUGGAGGAAAUCCCUGGUCUGCAAGAGAUCGUGAGUGGUGCCAGAGUACUUCUAGCCUCUCCGCUGUGAGGUAUUGUUAAUAAGAACGAGUUUACAUGCAGUUACGUGUCAUCCGGGAGAUACCAGUUGGCUCAUAUUUUUAUUACUUAUUCUGAUCAGAUCUUCCCGUUAAUUGUUGUGUUCGAACAGUUCCAUGAUCUAUACAUAUUAUUAUUAAUGAAAAGUUGCAUAUUUUAGCUAGAACUUUUACCUAUUCUAUACAACUCUUAUUGAGACAUUGUAACCAGGAGGAUAUGAAAGAUACAUUUCAUGGGUUCUUUGCUGUAUUUUAGCUAGAACUUGUGCGGUUGUCGAUGAUAUAAGAUCCCUUGGUGUUGUGUAGCACAUUGGUGAGGAAAUGAGUAGCUGGGAAUGGAAGGCAAUGAGCAAUUGCAUUCUCAUAUUUUUUGUCAGCCUACAGCGAUUGUGUUGAAGAGUAUGGUGGAAGUACAUGGACAAAAUCCUCUUGUGAAAUUGAAAUAUAUACAAUUGAGGCAUCAACAAGUAUUUACAAGUGUGGUGGAUGGAACCGUGGGACAUGCAAGAGAUGCUGGCAUGGUGGAGGAAGAUAUGGCCUAAUAAAGAAGAAAUGGAAUGCUGGGCGGCAGUAUAGUUGCAUUUUGGUUGGGGGGGGGGGGAACCUGGUGUUAGUUUGGAAGAAAUUCCAAAUGUCCUUCGGGCUUAUUAAGAAGAGAGUUGAGGACAUGGCAUCUAAUGCCCAAUCAGUUGGCCUCGUUGGCCAGACCCAAUCCGUUUCUAAUCCCGCCCAGAUCAGCCAGUGGGUUGAUCCAUGGUCUCUGAAAACUGCAUUCAAUCGGCAACUUGGGUCUGCCAGGGUCAGAUUGGCAUGUUUGUUCUGCAUCAGCGCCAUUCAUGUAUGAAAGAAUGGAGUGUUUGGGGGAGGGGGCAGAGGUAGUCGUUUUUAGGGAUUCCCCAGGAAUAUCAAGGAUCGGAUCGUCAGCUUAGACUUUAAGGAAUUAUGGUGAUUCUGUAGUUGCUGCUUGGAAGUUGCGCAUGGUCAGCAGUCUGCGCGCACGUUUUUUUGUUAAACAACUAGAUUCGGCCUCAUGGUAGCUUCCUGAAGAACAGAUACACAAUAAGUGAAUAAUUUUGAGUUGAUCUAAGUGAGUCACUUGGGAGCAUCUAAGUGCCUAAAACAAUGCAUUUCAUUAGCAUUUUUUGAAAGACAAGUCAGGUUUUUCUCUCUCACUGGAUUGACAAUCUCGGGUUGAAGUCCAACGUAGAACCCUCAAAAAUCUUGUUGGCUCUCGCCAUAUCGGUUAUAAUAAUACAAAUCUAUCAAGCCAGAUUCAUGGCGGUCCCUUUUUAAGGGGUUUCUAUGCGAUGGUGGCUCUUUUAUGACAACUGUGAUGCCAAUUCAUUCCCGUAUUAGUGGCACCAGUACCAGAAAAAAAAGUAGCUUGAGGCUCUUUGAUUUGAUCCGACUAUGGUUUAUCGGAAGUAGCUGAUUCUCUCACGUGACUGGUAAAGCCAAAAAUCUGAGCCACGGGUUAUCCCAACUCCAUACCGAAAUAGUCUAAAUUUUCAUUAGAAAUGGCGCAACUUUCCAUGUUCACGAACUUCUUAGAAGCAAGGAUAUAGGGAGAUUAUGUGGUUUCAAAUUGAUUCAAUACUGUUAAUUUUUGUGCAAAUUUUUUGGCAAUAAUCUUAUAUAAAUGGUUAUAAUUCUAUUGCUUUAGUCAUUGAAAUUUCAUCUGAUGAUAAUCAUGUUUUGAUCUAGAAUCUGAUAGAUUAUGCUUUUUGUAAUUUAAAAGGAAGUAUAUGGGAACAAUUCGUCAGAUUCCAGUGAUGAUGAAGAGUGGGCUGAUACGAGUACACCAGCGAAUUUGACUGCUGAUACAAAUGACAAUGAUACUGAAGGAUUAAUUAAAAGUGGUAGUGAAGUUGUUGAAAAUGAAAGUAACUCCAAGCGCAAAAAGAAGUUGGACGGGGAACGCAUAGUGACGUCUCCUGUUUGUUCUGACAUUAAUAGUAGUCAGAAAGCAAAAUCCCGCAGAAAGGUGCAGACAGAACUGAUAACUCCUUCAGCGACUAGACCAAAAACGGACUCCGAGCAACCUGAUUCUAAGGGGAAGCGGCCCUCCCUGUCGUCUCGAUCUAAGUAUGGUGCAGCCGUUUACCAGGUAUUCGAAUAUUUCAUGGCUGACUAGUGAUUCUGCUGGCAGCUUAGUUUUCUUCCCUUUGGAUUUAUAUUUACCUGGGUACAUGUUUUUUCUCUACUUUCUAUGGGUAUAUACCUCAGAUUCUCCUUCCACAAUGGUAAUUCAUAGGGUGCCUAACAUUCUUGGGCAAUAUCCUGUCAUUUACCCCUGAUUGAGGCAAUGAUAACAAAAAUGGAUUAAUGAUUAGCUCUUCACUAAUUGUUUAGUGCCGCAGAGAAUCCUAAUCCAGAACGUAUAUAUAUAGUUUUUUUACUGUUAAAUUGUUGACAUUCUUUUCCGUUCAGUAAGCUCUUUUCACUGAUGGCGCCUCUGAUCUUCAAACAUGUUGCAGAAACUUCAGGAAUCUUUUAGAUCAAACCAAUACCCCACUCGUGACGCUAAAGAGAGCCUGGCAAGAGAACUUGGGAUGACUGUACGGAAGGUUUGAUAUCUGACAUGUUUUUCAUUUGAAAAGAAAGUGUUCACCAAAUAUGCCUUGCCAUUUGGUAACCAAUGUUGCAAUUCCAGGUGGGUAAAUGGUUUGAAAAUGCCCGUCAUAGUUCUCGUGCCUCAACCAGGCAAGUGGGUCCAGCCAGAGGCAGUGGGAAGAGCUCCAGCAAAGGCUAUAAUAACCUUGGAACACUGGCUGAAUCGCACCAUGUUAACCCUUGUGAAGCUGGAGAUAACGGCGACAGUGGUGCUAGAAGGGAAAAGCUGGCCGGAGAACCACCGAUCGAUCGACAGGUAUUACUGAAGCGAGAGCUGAGGAAGAGAAGGAGCAAGUGA